AUGUGCGGCAUAGUUUAUUUAAACAGGAAGUUAUUUACACGCAUGGCGCGAAAUUCAAGCGUGGUGGUGCGGGAGGCGACUUGUUCGGAGGUCAAAUGCAGGAUUAAGCAUUUUACUGGAAACCGUUGCCAAAAUUCAGGCCCCAACCAUGGCGAUGUUGUUUGACGGGAUCAGCCAGCAGCUGGAUUUCCCUAGCUGUGGCGAGGAGGGGGGCAGCAGCGACAACAGCUCCGAUGACUGCGCCUCCAGGAUCCGAAGUCCCAGCUCUGCGUGCAGAACGCCCAGGGUGCAACACCACCGCAGCAGAAGCAACACCUUAUCCUCCCCUUUACAGUGCACCAGCCCAAUACCUUAUGAUUCCUGGAGGAAACUGAGGCUCUGCGACUCUCCCAGCACGCCCAAGAGUCUGCUCUCAAAGUCAUCCCACCCUCGCUCCAGCUCUAAGAUAAGUUGCCAUCAGAGGACCCUGCGUUUCGCCUCAGUUGCUGCAAACCUCGUCCAGGCACCUUCUGUCAAUGUGAAUCCUUUCACCCCUGACACAGUACGCAGAAAUAGUGAGCAGCAGUGGAGGAACAGCUGUAGGAGUGACGACGACGACGACUAUGGACGCAGGCCCUUUUCAUCUUUCAGGCUGAAACACAGUCUAACGUCAUCUGAGGAGGAUGAUGAGACCUUUCUCCCACCAAAGAGGCGAGCUAUCCAAGCCUUCAUGCUGUCUCGCUAUGAGAGCGAGUUCCUGGAGCUGGAGUGCAUUGGCGUGGGCGAGUUUGGGGCAGUUUAUAAGUGUGUGAAGAGGCUGGAUGGUUGCUUGUAUGCCAUAAAACGCUCUCGCCGACCCCUCGCAGGCUCUGCCAAUGAGCAGCUGGCCCUAAAGGAAGUGUAUGCACAUGCUGUUCUUGGGCACCACCCACAUGUUGUUCGCUAUUAUUCGGCAUGGGCAGAGGACGAUCACAUGAUUAUUCAGAAUGAAUACUGUGAUGGUGGAAGUCUCAGUGAUGCCAUUGUGAAGAAGCAGGGGCAGUGUGAGCUGUUUUCAGGGGCAGAAUUGAAAGAGCUGCUCUUACAAGUGUCAAUGGGUCUAAAAUACAUCCACAGCUCAGGCUUAGUACAUUUGGACAUCAAACCAAGUAAUAUAUUCAUAUGCCAGCAUCCCAGGGAGAGGGAGAGUGAGGAGGAAGAUGAUGGAAUCACUUCAGCAGGAAUCAUUUACAAAAUUGGGGAUCUGGGUCAUGUGACAUCAACCAACAGUCCUCGAGUUGAGGAAGGGGAUAGCCGCUUUCUGGCCGGUGAGGUCUUGCGUGAGGAUUACAGCCACCUCCCCAAGGCAGACAUCUUUGCUCUGGGCCUUACGGUGCUGCUGGCAGCUGGGACUCCUCCUCUGCCUCAAAAUGGAGAUGAGUGGCACAGCCUUAGAGAGGGGAACCUCCCCAAGCUGUCACAGGAGCUCUCCCCUCCCUUUAGAGGCCUCCUUCAGUUGUUGCUGGAUCCAGACCCGACAAAGCGGCCAUCUGCCAGGGAGCUUUGCAAGCACACGGUCUUAAGGGAGGAGAGGACUGGAAGGCUGGCUGCUCAGCUACGCAGAGAGCUCAAUGUAGAGAAGUUCAGGACAGCCAUGCUUGAAAAAGAGCUCCAGCAGGCUCGCCAGGCAGCAUUGUCACCCAAGCAUGACCUCUCUCCUGGACUGAAACCUCCUGCCAAGAUGGGGUCUCUACCCACAGGGAGGAGGUUUGUUGGUAGGAAGACGGCACGAUCCAUGAGCUUUGGUUACCCCGGAUAUGGAGACUGAUGGGACAAUGUGAGGACCCGUAUGCCUGUCCGUGGCACUGCAUAAUGCGACUCCUUCUGAGAACAAGAUUGUGGUAAAAAUCCAGCAUGUCCAUAUGAGAGGACAUGCCUCACAAGCUUCUCUAUGCAGGACUGGUACUGGAAAUGACUAGAUGGACAAUCUUAUCUGGGCCUUCUGAAGGGACUGAUGUAACUGAAAGACUGGAGAGCGUUGGACAGCAUCAGUUUGAAAGGAUUAAUCUGACUGACUCAAACUCUUGUCGUAAGAGAUAAUUUCCACAUCUUGUAACUGCUGCAGACCAGUGUACGUGACCAGUACUUGUUUUAUAUAUAUUUUUUAAACUGUAAAUAAACAUUUUAAGCAUUUUGA